AUGGCACCAUGGUGGGGAAAGCCUUCGUCCAAAGAGGCGAAGAAUAAGAAGACAAACAGGGAGAGUAUUUUUGAUAUGAUACAGCGAAAAUUGAAAAAUGUUUCAGAAGCAAAGAGCAACUAUAAAUCAGGAGGGUCUCGAGGACAUCAUAAUUGCAGUAUCUCAAAGAAAGGAUCUAGAUCAUUCGGACCUUCAACAAGAUCAUCGUCGUCCUCUCCAACUGUGUCCCGCUGUCUAAGUUUUGCAGACCAUCAUUAUUCUCGGCCAAACCCAGUGCCAGGCUCGCCCAUUCAUACUGCUAGUAAUGCUAGUUCUGGAAUUAUUUUAACAUCUAAACUGGAAAGAGCCACAGAAGAUCCUUCAUCUAGACCAUCUAUAUAUUUCCCCCUGCCAGAACCUGGUUAUCUGACUAUGAAAAUAGAAACAGAGCCACCAUUAACAGACGUGGAAGGAGAUAUAGUCACUGCAUCUGUUUCCUGUGACAGCUCUAUUGAUAGUGGUGACUCAUCUGAUUCACAUCUUGUUAGUCCUCUGGCCUCUGACUGUGAAAAUAGAAACAGGGCCACCAUUAACACUUCUAAAAGUAUGGUGAACAGAGAUCAGUCACAGACUACUAUCCAAAAAAACUUAAGAGCAUCCUCAAAACCAGCUCAUAAACUGCGCAACAAUAAGCCACUGUCUAGCUCGCCAAAAGGAGUUCCUUUGCAUCUGCAAAUAGGUCGUGCAGGUGGUUUUUGCAGUGCGCCAGAUAGUUCAAUGUCUAGUCCUAGAAGUCCAAUGCGAGCAUUUGGUCCAGAGCAAAUGCUAAAUUCAGGAUUAUGGACUGGGAAGCCUUAUCCAGAUAUAGCUUCUGGGCACUGCUUUAGUCCAGGUUCAGGCCAUAAUUCUAGUAAUAAUUCGGUUGGUGGGGAUCCAUCAGCAUUUAGGGCACACAACAAGUGUAGUGCUGAGUGUUCCCCAAUACCUAGUCCCAGAAUGACAAGCCCUGGCCCCAGUUCCAGGAUACAGAGCAGUAAUGUCAGCCCUCUGCAUCCAAAGGCUGGAGGUGCAGCAGCAGAAUUGCCUACAAGAAGACCCGAUGUCAAUAAACAACAAAGUCAUCGGUUACCGCUUCCUCCAAUAAAAGUGACUAAACCUUGUCCAUUUUCUCCCACCUAUUCUGUGUCUUCAACUCCUUCAGCCCCUAGAAGUCCUGCCAGACCAGAAAUUUCAACAAGCCCAGGUUCACGCUGGACAAAAGGGCAUUUGCUUGGAAGGGGAACAUUUGGACAUGUUUAUCUUGGUUUCAGCAGGGAAAGUGGCGAGAUGUGUGCAAUGAAGGAGGUAACCCUUUUUUCAGAUGACCCUAAAUCACGGGAAUGUGCGCAGCAACUUGCCCAAGAAAUUGCACUGCUAAGUCAGUUGCGGCAUCCAAACAUAGUCCAGUAUUAUGGGUCUGAGACGGUCGAUGACAGACUUUAUAUAUACUUGGAGUACGUCUCUGGUGGGUCUAUCUAUAAACUGCUUCAAGAAUACGGACAAUUAGGUGAAAUUGCAAUUCGAAACUACACCCGGCAAAUUCUUUCAGGACUUGCAUAUUUGCAUGCAAAGAACACUGUUCACAGGGACAUCAAAGGAGCAAACAUAUUGGUGGACCCUAAUGGACACAUAAAACUGGCAGAUUUUGGGAUGGCUAAGCAUGUAAGUGGGCAGUCACUUCCAUUUUCUUUUAAAGGAAGUCCUUACUGGAUGGCACCUGAGGUUAUAAGAAAUUCAAAUGGUUGUAAUCUUGCUGUUGAUAUAUGGAGUCUGGGCUGCACUGUUCUAGAGAUGGCAACAACAAAACCACCUUGGAGCCAAUACGAAGGGGUUGCUGCUAUGUUUAAGAUUGGGAACAGCAGGGAACUUCCCAAAAUUCCAGAUCAUCUAUCAGAAGAAGGGAAAAGUUUUGUCAGGCUUUGUUUGCAAAGGGAUCCAGUAGAUCGUCCAUCAGCUUGUCAACUUCUAGAGCACCCAUUUGUUAAAAGUGCUUUUCCGGAAAGACUCUUUAUGACGGCUGAUCCCUCAGAAUCCCCAUCUUCUGUUAUAAAUGCAAUGAGAUCACUGGCCAUUGGAUCACCUAAACAUACACUAUGUUUAGACUCGGAAGAAGUAGCUGGUAUUCAUGGUAUCCCUCCAGCCAGAAACUUCAGAACCGGUUAUGAAUCAAGUUAUGCUCAUAAAGGAAGGAUCGUCUCAUGUCCCGUUUCUCCAUCUGAUGGACUACGCGUGCCUCCCAGAUCAAUGAAUCUGAAUGGCAGGAUAUCUCCCUCUCCAACACCUAAUCCUCAUGCUGCAGCUGCAUCUGGGCCUUCUACUCCGCAAAUCUGUAGAUGUGGGGCAAACCCAUACUAUCAAACAAAGCAACCCAUAUUCCCUCAUGAAGCACUUGGUAUGACCCAUAAAUCUCCUACUGGUAAUCAGUCAAAUGGAAGAACUGCUGGUCAAUGUCAGUGUUCAAAUCAUGCUCAGUUACAAAGAAAUAUGAAACCCCCCAUUCAGUCAAAUGAAGGGACUGCUUGUCAAUGUCAGUGUUCAAAGCAUGGUCAGUUACAAAGAAAUAUGAAACCCACCAUUCAGUCAAAUGGAGGCGCUGCUUGUCUAUGUCAGUGUUCAAAGCAUGGUCAGUUUCAAAGAAAUGCGCAACCGCGGCAACUUUGCUGCCGCCAGGAUAUAAUUUCACCUGAAAAUAAUGCUCUUGCAAACCAUAGUAGGAGGGCCGUAGAGGGAGUUCCAAGAGAAUCUCGUAGGGCCGUAGAGGGAGUUCCAAGAGAAUCUCGUAAUGGGAGGUCAAGUAAUUGUGUGUCUCGACAACAGCGGGCACGACCAAAUACAUCUCGCAAGUCAAGUGCACCAGUGGUUGGUCGCACUAAUGGCUUGUGA